AGUUAUAUUAUGCUUGAACAGUGCCAUGAUGGGCAUCUGUGAGAUGAAAAGCUGCUGCUCAUGGCUUCUUUUGAUCUUAUUGCUUUGUGCACUAUCUAAUGAAAGUCAAGCCAUUAGUCCUGACGGCGAGGCGCUUCUGAGCUUCAGAAAUGCAGUUUCUAGAUCAGAUAGUUUCAUCCAUCAGUGGAGACCGGAAGAUCCAGAUCCAUGUAACUGGAAUGGUGUGACAUGUGAUGCGAAAACGAAAAGAGUUAUCACCUUGAAUCUUACUUAUCACAAAAUAAUGGGACCUUUACCUCCUGAGAUUGGAAAGCUGGACCAUUUAAGGCUUUUAAUGCUUCACAACAAUGCUUUAUAUGGAGCAAUACCUACAGCAUUGGGAAAUUGCACGGCAUUGGAGGAAAUUCACUUGCAGAGUAACUACUUCACUGGACCAAUCCCAGCUGAAAUGGGAGACCUGCCUGGCCUUCAAAAGCUGGACAUGUCAAGCAACACUCUUAGUGGAGCUAUCCCUGCUUCACUUGGGCAGUUGAAAAAGCUUACUAACUUCAAUGUCUCAAACAACUUCCUGGUGGGGCAAAUACCUUCAGACGGAGUGCUCUCUGGAUUUUCUAAGAACUCCUUCAUUGGAAAUCUUAACUUGUGUGGAAAGCAUAUUGAUGUUGUGUGCCAAGAUGAUAGUGGAAACCCCUCUUCAAAGUCCCAAUCAGGUCAAAAUCAAAAGAAAAAUUCUGGUAAGCUGCUUAUUAGCGCAUCAGCAACUGUAGGUGCGCUGCUCCUAGUGGCACUCAUGUGUUUCUGGGGAUGCUUUCUAUAUAAAAAGCUCGGUAAAGUCGAGAUUAAAAGCCUUGCAAAGGAUGUUGGGGGAGGUGCGUCUAUUGUGAUGUUCCACGGAGAUUUGCCUUACUCUUCCAAAGAUAUCAUUAAGAAGCUGGAAAUGUUGAAUGAAGAGCACAUAAUCGGAUGUGGAGGCUUUGGAACGGUGUAUAAGCUGGCCAUGGAUGAUGGCAAGGUGUUUGCAUUAAAGAGAAUUCUAAAGUUAAACGAAGGGUUUGAUCGGUUUUUUGAGAGGGAGCUUGAGAUUCUUGGCAGCAUCAAACACCGAUACCUCGUGAAUCUACGUGGAUAUUGCAAUUCACCAACAUCAAAGCUACUGUUAUAUGAUUACUUGCCCGGUGGUAGCCUUGAUGAAGCACUUCAUGUAGAGAGAGGCGAGCAAUUGGACUGGGAUUCACGCGUAAAUAUCAUCAUAGGAGCUGCGAAAGGGUUAUCAUAUUUGCAUCACGAUUGUUCUCCUAGGAUUAUACAUCGUGAUAUAAAGUCGAGCAACAUAUUGCUUGAUGGCAAUCUGGAGGCGCGGGUAUCGGAUUUUGGUCUAGCCAAGUUGUUGGAAGACGAAGAAUCGCAUAUUACAACCAUUGUUGCAGGCACAUUUGGGUACUUAGCGCCAGAAUAUAUGCAAAGUGGUAGAGCAACUGAGAAAACCGAUGUAUACAGCUUUGGGGUUUUGGUUCUUGAAGUCUUGAGUGGGAAACGACCAACCGAUGCUUCCUUCAUCGAGAAAGGCCUUAACGUUGUUGGUUGGCUAAAGUUGUUAAUCAGCGAAAAACGGCCAAGGGAGAUUGUUGAUCGAAACUGUGAAGGAAUGCAGAUAGAGAGCCUUGACGCUCUACUAUCAAUAGCAACACAGUGCGUGUCUUCGAGUCCAGAAGAGCGCCCCACGAUGCAUCGGGUUGUCCAGUUGCUUGAAUCAGAGGUCAUGACUCCUUGUCCGAGCGAAUUUUAUGAUUCCAGCUCUGACUAAUUGCAUAAACCCACCAGUCAAACCUUGAGAAAAAGUAAAUGGAAUCUGGUUUC